GCUUAUUUGAUGUUUCUUUGGACCCCGUACUUCCUGUCACCAUUUUUCGCUCAAGGCAGUGGUGUGACCGUGACAGGUGUUGAUUCACGAUCUGGUUUAUAUGGCAUUGGCGGUUUAUCAGUUGGAAAUGUCGUUGUGUCUAUCGAUGAUUGCCCGAUACGAAAACAAGAAGACUGGAGGGAAUGUGUACGACAUCUGGAAAAGGAAAAACAUGGACAAUGCGUUCCGCGUACUACAGUAGAAUCGUCGCUGGCGACUAAAACAUCACUGUCUUUGGACGAGCUACACUGCUGUGAUGACUUUACUAAUAUCACACAAGCCCAUAUGUGUUUUGAGUCACUGAUAGAUGUGACCAGUAAAGAAUUUGUCACCAAGGCAAUCUCACUGAAUCGAGUACUACGUGUUGGAGUUGUUGGGGUAAGACAUCACUUCCUAUGUUAUCCACUGUUUUGA